AUGAGAACUUCGGUACUUUCUUCUGCGCCCGAAACCCGGGGCUCCGUCAGUGGGGGGGGAGAAAGCGUUUCUGCUGAGAUUGGCAGUCACACGGGGGAGAACGGGCACGUGGCGCCUCCCGCCUCUUUGGAUCCCUCGUCGACAGUUGCGCGACAGAGGAACAUGUCGGAGAUAGACCGUGUGGCUCUCGGGGAGAGAGCUCCAAAAUUGAGUGUUCAGUCUUUGCCCAUCCGCCAGUACCUAGAUCUUAUGGUUGUGCCCGCCCUUCUGCCUGCUCUGACAGUUCUUGUGAAUGAACGCCCUGAACAACCCGUUGAAUUUCUUGCUCACUGGCUACUAGAAAAUGGUCCUAAGUACGCUGCCCGGGAAAGUGUGAGUGCGUCUCCGGCCGAUUCUGCCGCGCUCUCCGCCCUCCUAGGCAGAGGCAUCUAA